AUGGAAUCUAACUCCUUAGAUUUUAAAAUAAACAUAUAAUCUAAAAAGAUAAAUGAGCAUGUAGAACCUGAUGUUGAUUUGACAGUAGAUAAAUAUGAUGCAGUUUAUCAAAAUACUUAAUAAGAAGAGGAAGUUGAAGCAGCUCAUGUAAUUAUAUUAUAUGAUAUUUUCAAUAGAAAGAUUUAUUAAUAUAAGAAUAUGAUAUAACAGAAGCAGCUCAUCCAUAUUAUUGUGUUGUUGCAUUAGUAUUAACUUCUAUACCAGGAUUAACUUUUAUUCUGUUAUAAGAUGUCAUUCAUGCUUAUCCUUUAGUUAUUUUACUAUAAUUAACAUAAUUUCUACUUCUUAAGAAUUAUUUGGGUUAAAAAUUGAUUGGAUUAAGAUGGUGGAUUGAAAUGGAUCUUAAAGGUGAAUAAAAAUGGAUGUUUUAAACAUAAUUGUAAGAAUAAUCAAAUAAAGUUGAUAAAUAUUUCUUUUGGUCUUGUCUAAUAUAUGGAACACUCUUUUGGGGUCUUAUGUGUCUUGGAGAUUUUUUUGGACUUAAAAUUUUAUGGGUAUUUAUUAAUAAGAAUGUUUAGUUACCAUUACCAAUUAUAUGUUUUGUUUUAUCUUUAACUAAUUUAUAAGGAUUUUACAAAUGUAGAGGAGAACAUAAGAAGAAAUUAUAAUAAUUAAAAAGAGAAAUGACUAAAGGUGGUAUGAAUAUAGUGGGAAUGAUUAUGAAGUGAU